GUCAUCUGUCCCGCUAUUCCUAUCCUUCAUUCAUCAUAAUUAUAAGUACUAUCAAGUACAAUUGAAGUGAAGCAGUGCGUUAUAUAUAUAUAUAGUGUAACUUGUAAGAGAGGUCUUACAAAUACAAAUGGUUAAUAACUAAUUUUAGAUCAUAAUUUUCGUGCCUUUAUGAUAAAGCAAAUAAAAUUUCUGUACAAAGUUCGAUGAUGUUUAUACUAUAUCUCGCAAGUGUAUGCCACAUCGUAUAACCUUGAUAAAUAGUGCGCGAUACGGUUCAAUUACCGUGUACACUUGUAUAAUAUUCCUUUAGUCUUUUAGAGCUGAAACGAUGGCAGGAUGCUACGACAAGUUGUCUUGGACGGAAGUACGAGACUUGUUGAGAACUUGGAGAGAAGAUUCUGAGCGGCGAAGUAGGGAUGUAGUAGACUUUUGGGAAAAUACACUAAUGAACAAGAUCGACCAUUUGGGCAAUGAAAAGUAUCUGGUUUUGGAACAAGUAUGCGUAGCAGCAUUGGAUUGCUACCGUAUACCAUUAGCAGAAUAUUGUAUUAAGAUUUUAAUGCGUGCAUUUCCUGGUAGUUUACGGGUUCACAAAUAUCAUGCCAUGCAUUUGGAGGCACUAGAAAUGUAUGAUGAGGCAAUGGAGGUUUUGGAUUCUAUUAUAAAGAGAGAUGAAACUAAUGCUGCACCAAGGAAACGUCGCGUUGCUAUUUUAAAGGCUAGAGGACGUAUACCAGAAGCAAUCAAAGAACUUACAGAAUAUUUGAAGAGAUUUAUGAGUGAUCAAGAAGCAUGGCAUGAAUUGUGCGACUUAUAUUUGCAAGAACAAGAAUAUUCCAAAGCAGCUUACUGCAUGGAAGAACUUAUAUUGCAUAAUCCACAUAGCCACUUAAUUUACCAGAGAUAUGCAGAGAUAAAAUAUUCUCAGGGUGGAUUUGAUAACAUGGAAUUGGCAAAGGCAUACUUCAGUCAAGCUGUAAAACUAAAUCCAAAUAAUAUUAGGGCUUUAUAUGGCUUAUUAUUGACAACAAACAACAUCGCGACAUCGGCCAAAUGUCCUGCGUCCAAGAAAAAAGAAGCAAUAAAGUUGAGUGAGUGGGCUAGUAAACAAAUCGAGAAACAAUACGAAAGUAAGGUUUCGAAUGAAGAUGUCAAAACCGUAGAACGUCUAUUAGGACAAUUGCAACUUGAAGCUUAGGUACGAUUAUUUACGUUAACAAUUUGUAUAUUUAUUUCAAUGUAACUGGCAUAUAUUUAAAAUCGUUGUCAUAACAAUCUCUGAAGAAUCAUAUGUGCACGAGAAACUUUACACAUGUUUUUUAAAUAUAUGCAAUUAAAAAGAAAUGAUAAACUCCAAUUAUAAUUGCAUUUCAGCAGUAUUAUCUAUUGUUUUACUGCUCUUCAAUUACAUAAUAGGUUGAUGUGGUAGUUAACGUUACAUAACUAUCUUCUGAGUAUACAUCUAUGUUUUCGUAUCUUACUAUACAUAUUAUGAAGUAAAUAUAACGGUCAUUAAUUUUAUAAUUAUUGUCACUUUUGUCUAAUAUAUUGAUUUUCACAUGCUGUUAAACAGUGGUUAUUUCGGUGUAUACAUAUUUUCGUGCAAUUUUACAUCAUUUUCUUUAAUUGCGGAUGCUAGGAAAUGAAUCAAGAAAGAUGAUAACUGUAUAAUGAGUUUGUAGGGAUAAUAAAAAUUCUUAAAUAUUA